CGUCAAUUUUACUUUUUUGGAGGCAUUGAUGAAUGGAUAGAGCUCUGUUCCAAUUGUUUGUGUUUGUUAUGUGAUUGCAGAUCGAAGACAAUGUAACUAAAGAGAUCAUUAACCACAGAUCUCUUCGACACCCACACAUAAUCCAAUUUAAGGAGGCAAGUUUUCAUUCAUUAUUUUUAUAGUGUUCCUCUUCUCUUUUCAGAGGCAUUGGGUAUUGAUGAUAUCUUCAAUGUGGUUCUUUGCAGGUCGUGUUGACUCCAACUCAUCUAGUUAUCAUAAUGGAGUAUGUUUCAGGUGGAGAACUGUUCGAGCGAAUCUGCAAUGCCGGAAGAUUCACAGAAAAUGAGGCGAGAUACUUCUUUCAGCAGCUCAUUUCAGGUGUAAGCUACUGUCAUUCAAUGCAAAUCUGCCAUAGAGAUUUAAAGCUGGAGAAUAUGCUAGUUGAUAGAUUACCGGUGCCCCGACUGAAAAUCUGUGGUUUUCGGUUCUCAAUGUGUUCUUUGCUGCAUUCAAGGCCCAAAUCACUGGUGGUUGCACCAGAAUAUGUCGCACCGGAAGUCAUAACUGAAGAAGAAUACAAUGGAAUGUUUGCAGAUGUGUGGUCAUGUGGAGUCGCUCUCUAUGUUAUGCUAGUGGGAGGAUACCCAUUCGAGGAUCCAGCAGACCCAGACAAUUUAAGGAAAACUAUUGCUCGAAUUACGACUGUCCAAUACAAAUUUCCCUCCUACAUUUAUUUAUCGCAAGAUUGCAAGCAACUCCUUUCUCGCAUAUUUGUUGCAGAUCCAUCCAAGCGGAUUACCAUGAAAGAAAUCAAGAAUCACCCAUGGUUCUUAAAGAACUUGCCAAGGGGUAUAACAGAAUCUGCUCAAGCCAUCUACUAUAAAAAAGACAGCCCAAGAUUUUCCCUUCAAAGUGUCGAGGAAAUAAUGAAAAUUGUGGAAGAAUCAAAAACAAUUCCUCCAGAUUAUGGGUGUAUUAGUGUUUCGAGCAUGGAGGAAGACAGAAUGGACAGCAGAGUAGAAGAUGAGUAUAACAAGCACAAGAGGUGGAGGAAGACGAGUCUGAUAAAAUCACCAUUGAGGUUCAUCAGUGGAGAAUUAAGGACACCUCCUCUAGUUUCAAGGUCUGUAAGUAUUUCGAGCAUUGAUGAGGAAUACAAAAUGGACUGCAAAGUAGAAGAAGAGUCUGACAAGCAUACGAGGUGGAACAAUCUGCUAAAAUCACCAAGGAAGUUCAUCAGUGGAGAACUGCAAUUCAAUUAAGUAAUUACUCUUCUUUCUUC